AUGACCAAGGCAGCGCCUAUGGCGCCUCGGCGGCGGCGAUGGCCGGGGUACUUGCUCGCCGCCGCGGUCGUCCUUGCCGUCGUCACCGCCGCACGGGCGCAGGAUUACAAUAACGGCGAUGAUGAGGAGGAGAAGCCUAAGCCGCAGCUCAAGGCGCAGGAGGCGUGCAACGGCGCGUUCCUGUCGUACACGUUCAUUGAGCGCGCCAAGGAGUUCCCGCACCUCAAGAACGCGACGGCGCAGGCGUACGCGUUCAAGGCGCAGGCGACCGUGCUCAACACCAUGACGACGGACCUCAAGGCGUGGCAGAUGUUCGUCGGGUUCCAGCAGAAGGAGAUCCUUGUGUCAGUCAGCGGCGCCGUGCUCCUCGACGGCACUGACUUCCCCGCAAACGUCUCCGGUGGCGUUACAUUUGCGGGAUACCCGAUGGCCGACCUCCUCAACUCCAUCGACACCGCCGGCGACCUGACGCAGAUACAGGUCCAGAUGGACAUCACCGGCACGCAGUUCGGCGUCAAGCCCCCCGGAAAGCCCAUGCCCAAGACCAUCAAGCUCACCAAUCCCGGCUACCGAUGCCCCGCGCCCACCCACAAAGAUAGCGUGAUGUACGUGUGCUGCGUUAAAGAUCCCAAGUUCAAGGUGAAGAAGGCCAACAGCACGCGGUACCUGCCGCGGCAGAAGGCCGACCUGACCAUGGCCUACGACGUGCUCACGUCGUACGGCAACAAGUACAUCGCGCAGGUGACCAUCGACAACUGGAGCCCCAUGAGCCGGCUGGACAACUGGAACCUCACCUGGGAGUGGAAGCGCGGCGAGUUCAUCGAGAAGAUGCGCGGCGCCUACACGCUGCUCAAGGAGGGCCCGGCCUGCGUCUACAGCCCGGCGGCGAGCUACUACAAGGACUUCGACUUCACGCCCGUGUACAACUGCGAGAAGAGGCCGGUCAUCGUCGCCCUCCCGCCGGACCGGGAGAAGGACAACGACGUGGGCAACCUGCCCUUCUGCUGCAAGAACGGCACGCUGCUGCCGCCCAUCAUGGACGAGUCCAAGUCGCGGGCCAUCUUCCAGCUCACCGUCUACAAGAUGCCGCCGGACCUCAACCGGACGGCGCUCUACCCGCCGUCCAACUGGAAGAUCACCGGGAAGCUCAACCCGCACUACGUGUGCCGGCAGCCGAUCCGGGUGAGCCCCAUGGAGUUCCCCGACGGGUCGGGGCUCAUGUCGACCACCCCCGCCGUGGCGUCGUGGCAGGUGGCCUGCAACAUCACCCGCCCCAAGAAGCGCGCCUCCAAAUGCUGCGUCUCCUUCUCGGCCUACUACAACGACUCCACGGUGCCAUGCAACACCUGCGCAUGCGGCUGCGGCAACGACACCGCCACGUGCGACCCGGACGCCCACCCAGUCCUGCUGCCGGCGGAGGCCAUGCUCGUGCCCUUCGACAACCGCACCGCCAAGGCCCGGGCGUGGGCCAAGAUCAAGCACUGGCGCGUGCCCAACCCCAUGCCCUGCGGCGACAACUGCGGCGUCAGCAUCAACUGGCACGUCAUGAACAACUACAAGUCCGGCUGGUCGGUGCGCAUCACCAUCUUCAACUGGCAGGACUACACCUUCAAGAACUGGUUCGCCGCCGUCAAAAUGGGCGAGCACUACAGCGGCUACGAGAACGUCUACUCCUUCAACGGUACCCGGUUGGACGCGCCCUUCAACAACACCAUAUUCAUGCAGGCCCUGCCGGGGCUCGAAUACCUGGACCCCAUCACCGACGGCAGAACGUCGGCGUACCCGAGGCUGCCCGGGAAGCAGCAGUCCGUCAUCUCGUUCAAGAAGAAGGACGUGCCAAACAUCAAUAUCCCCAAAGGAGGAGGCUUCCCCAAGCGGGUCUACUUCGACGGCGAGGAGUGCGCGCUCCCCCACAAGUUACCGUCGAGUGCACGCCGGCGGGCAGGGGCUCCCAGUCUCUUGCAGGCUGUCACCGGGGUGGUUCUUGUGAUGAUUGUUGCUCUUGUGGACUCCUCGUGCUUAUGA